AUGGCGCGGUGCAUGCCCCUCCUCGCCUCCAUGCUGCUGCUGGCCCUCGCCGGCGUCGCCUCCGCCGACAAGGCCCCCGAGGGCGGCUUCAUCGUCACCGGCCGCGUCUACUGCGACCCCUGCCGCGCCGGCUUCGAGACCAACGUCUCCAAAAACGUCGAAGGGGCGACGGUGGCGAUGGACUGCCGGCCGUUCGGCGGCGGCGAGAGCAAGCUCAAGGCGGAGGCGACGACGGACAACAAGGGGUGGUACAAGAUCGAGAUCGACCAGGACCACCAGGACGAGAUCUGCGAGGUGGUGCUGACCAAGAGCCCCGAUCCGUCGUGCGCCGAGAUCGAGGAGUUCCGCGACCGCGCGCGCGUCCCGCUCACCAGCAACAACGGCAUGAAGCAGCAGGGCACCCGCUUCGCCAACCCCAUCGCCUUCUUCCCCAAGGAGCCGCGCAAGGAGUGCGGCGGCAUCCUCCAGGCCUACGACCUCAAGGACGCACCCGAGAACCCAUGAACCCCAUCCCACAUCCAUAUAGUAGUCUCGCUCUGUUGCUUCCCAUCAUCAUCAUCAUCAUCUCAUGACUCUCCUACGCCCGGCGCCCUCGCCUAGCUACUUCUGUUCCAGCUAUAUGUUUUGUAUAAGAUAAAUUCUAUUAGUAUCUUUUUGUCUCGAAUAAUAAGAUGAUAAAUUGUAUGAUGAUUAAUAUAUAGAGAUCGUAUGUA